UUACACGAGGUCAUUGUAGUAUUGAUGAAUCCAAUAAACGAGAGCCCUGCUGCCGUCCUGUGAACGCCAGCUGAUCCAUUAGGGGUGGCUGAGCAACUUCACGCUUACAUCUCUGUCCUGUUUCUGCUCGACCAACCAACACAAAAGCUUAAGGGAAAAUUCACAACCUAAAGAAAUGAGCCAACUGCCUAAAUAGUAAAUCUCUGUUUUCUGCACAGAGAGGUGACAGUUUUUGGAGGGCCGCCGCUGAUGAGGCGAUGAAGUGCAGAGAAUGAUAGCUGUGCCUUGGCCUAGUGCUGCUGCAGCGGGGAUUGUGCAGAUCCGCUUUCACAAAUUGAGAAAAAUACUCGCUUUGUGCCAAACUAUCAAACAUCCGCUGUUGGUUUCAUGGUGACCGACAUCCAAAUGGAUAGAGCCAUGCCAACAUGAAUCACUCAUACAGAGGGGCUGUUAGGGCAGGCUCAGUGUUUGGCUCAGACCAAACAGAACUGAGGCCCCCCAAUGGCCUUACCACUACUUCCUAUGGAAACCAAUGUGGCAGUGCUAAGCGUGGGUCAGACCAACCGUCGGUCAUGCAACUGCAGUCCUCCAGCCUCAAACAGCCACCUGUCCAGGGGUACAAUCAGCCAGAGCGAUCCCACCGCUACAACCCGCUGAGGAGGCUCCAGGACCUGAACAGUCUGGUCAACAGGUCUGACCAAGGGAGCCACCAGAGAGACCUUCAUGUUAGGAACCACUUGCACUCUCCGAGCCCAAUCAGCGAUGAUGAUGAUGAUGAGUUUGAGGCUCCAUCAAUUCAGCUGCCCCCAUCUCCAGGUAAUGAUGAGAUGGAGCCUUUCAAAGGCCUCCAGGACAUGGACAGAAAUGGCUUCUCCCCUCACAGUCCUGACAGCUUGGAGCGCUGUUCCCCUGUUCCCAAUGGCUGUCUUCACUUUGAGUCCACGCUGUUUGACAGUGGAGACAUCAAGGAGGAGGAUGAGGAGGGGCAGGAUGAGAACGAUGAGGAGCUGACACCUUUUCACCACUCCCCAAAACUGAGUCAGGACAGAACCUUGACUGACUGUAAGACCACCACGUGCAGCUCAGGAGUGGAUAACCAGAGAACAUAUAAACCCGCUGUCUUCAAUCUGAUGUCAAAAACUAUAUCAGAACUUAAUCCCACACUAAGCCCCAGUGCACUGCCUGAAAUCAGCAUAGCAGAUGGAUGGAGUAUGGGUGAGGAUUCAGACAGUGAUGGUGAAAUGACCUCUCCUCUCGAUCAUGGUCUUAUUUCACCGACUGGCACCAACUCCAACUCCAGCAGCCCAAAGAAAAAGCCCCUUCCAGCGGUGAAGUACUUGGAAGGGGACUUGGUGUGGGCAAAAUUCAACAGACGGCCCUGGUGGCCCUGCCAGGUCACCUGUGACCCACAGCACGGGAUUCACACUAAGAUGAAAGCUCCUAGUCACCGUCCUUGCCGGAUCUAUUUUCUGGAGACGAUCGGUGAGAUAGCAGAGUCUGCCUGGGUCUCGGGAAAAGCCAUUCUUCCUUUUGAGGGAGGUCAUCAGUUUGAAGACCUUCCGGUGCUUAGACGGAGAGGGAAGCAGAGGGAAAAAGACUACAAGUACACGAUACCGAAGAGUUUACUGACGGCGUGGAAAGUCAGUGUGGCAGAAGCUGAGUAUCUGCUCCCAGAUCGACAACGGAAUACCCAAAGUAUGCGUACUGUAUCCUUCAACGGAGAAGAUCGAGUACCCAGCCCACUGCUACCGGAAAAAUCACAAAAGGACUCCUCUCUCUCUGUGGACCCUGGUAGAUCCCCGUCACCCAGCACUGCCCCCAAUGGAAAUGAGCACCAUCCCAUCACAAACUCUGCUAUAAUUCAAGCCACCAGAAACAAGGCUUGUAAGAAGAAAAAGAAAUGCUUGUCUGACAUAUUUGGCCAUAUAGUAGGUGGAUCAAAAGAAUCAUCUACCAUCAUGGACAUGGUUGAUAAGUUUCACACACCAACUCAUGCACUAAAAGAAGAGCCCAAGGACUCCCCUUACGCUGACUUGGAUUCAAUUCCAACGCUCCAUCGUCCUAAACGGACAGAAUUAUCCCCAACACAGGACUUGGACAAAUUGGUCAGAAAACAACAGGGUUGCAAAAAAGUUAAAAAUAAGUGCACAGAGAAAAUGAGCAGUCCCAACAAUGCUGAUUCUCGUGAUUCCUCUAGUAUUUCGACAAAUAAGUUGAGUUCUGUUGAUACAAAGUCUCAUCAGGGUUUGGGCAGCUGUAAUGAAUUGCUGGACAGUUCAAAUGAUAAGCACUCUCUGCAUCUUCCUGCCAGUAGUCGUCUCAUGACAAGGGCCCUCAAAGCGGAGGAAGAAACAGACCUCAAAGAUGCACUGGCUGCCAGCCAAAUCUCAACAGAUGAUCGCGUACAUGACGAUCAUGAUAAUACACCUUGUAAUGUUCAUAUUAAAACUGAUUUGUCCCCUAACUGGCAAUCGCCUAGCAAUGUAUCAGCCUGUACAAGUCACAGCUCUCCAAAAAGGCGUGCAAGAAAACCUGAUAAAAAACUCAUUCGUAAUGGCUCAUUGAUGAAGUCAAAGUGUCCAGGCUCUAGUGUACCCAGUGUGCACCCUGUUAAGAUUAAGACAGAGAACAUUGUCUCAGAGCCAUCUUCCUGCUCCUCACCUUCCUCAUCACUCUCUCCGAUGGAUGCCUUCCAGGAUGUCAAGGAACUGACGUUUAAAUCUCUUGUGAAGGAAGACAGCAGUGACUCUGAGUUAAGUACAUUUCGGCCCAACUCUAAUUAUAAAUUCAGUACCUUCCUGAUGUUCCUGAAAGACAUACAUGAUACGAGAGAAAAAGAGGGUAGACCCUUGACUCUUCCACCCUCACCUGUCCUGAUCAAGGAGGAACCCAUGGUUAUCCCUAACUCUUCACAAGAUGACCCGUUGAAGGUUUCCUUUGGCGGUCAGACUCAAGGUGACUGGGCAUCAGGGAUCAAAACGGAGAACGGCCAGCCAGGGAAACCUCCAACACCGCACAACACAGCGGUCAAAACCAAGAGCAGGACCAAACCUAUCAUGACAAAUGACACCUACUAUUGUGAAGGGAUUCCUGUUUACUCACAAAUCAGUAACUCCGACAAGCAACGUAGAAAACAACGACUGCCUGCCAAGCUGAAAGUUAGCAUACCUGGCCUUUCUCCUGAACUGGCUGACUUAGCCUAUGGCAGGGAGUUUGUUAGUGGCCACGCUGACUUAGCUGAACCUGUAUCUCGCCCUCCUGUCCCUGCUGAUCCCUCCACUAGCUACCUCGAUAAGAGUUCUGAAUCCAAAGUGGCACCAAAAAAGCGCUGGCAGAUGGUUGAGGAGGUCACUGAAAAGGUGGCUGAGGUUGGAAGUGUGAGUGGGGCAGCUGGUGAGGUGAACGGCUCCUACGCCACGAGAGGAACACCGGAUUAUGCUCUAAAACUCAGAGCUGAAAAGCAGACGGAGAAUCACUCGCAGUUCUCAGAGAAAAAUGACACCGUCGCACACUCAGAAAACAAACGCCUGCGGAAACCAAGUAAAAGGCUGCUUGAGUCAACGGAGGAGUAUGAACAAAUAUUUGCCCCAAAGAAAAAAUCAAAGAAAAACAUCCAAGAACCUUCCAAGAUGGGUCCUGGAACAACCAGUGAUAAUGUUGCGCAGCAGACAUCAGGGAUGACAGCACUUCCCAAUGUCAGCGACGCCACACUCGAGACUGUUACCUCACCCUCCACCUCAGCCUCAGCCUUGGUUUCUGUAGAGCCCACCAAGGCCCCGGCCGUACUGGAACAGAGUCUCUCUCAGGAUGGGCCUCCUCCUGUAGCACACUCGGCGCCCACAGCCACAACACAACCCUCCCUCUCCACAGACACAGCAGAAGGAACAGAUCUACCUCUUAAAUCUGGAUCAGCAACUCAAGAAAGAAAGAGGCCAAGGAAGCCUUCACACAAGGUCCUGGAAUGCACUAUAGAAGAAGUGUCUCUUACUCCUGCAAAGAAAAAGGAGUCAAAGAGACACAUUGGAAUUACCUCAGAGGUUAAGGUGGUGCUCACGGACACUCAGGUUGGAUCUGUGAGGAAAGACAGACCCAUACCCGGCACAUCGUCUGCCUCCCAGCCGCCAGAGAGCAGCAGUCUCCUUGGGGUUUUCACCCCAACCAGGCCUCCCAGCCCCGCAGGGCCCAAGACCCCCAAGCAGGAGGCAGAGACAGAGGGAUGUAGCAUUGGGGAGAGACAGAACUUACCCAAUGGAACACUAACUCUAAAAUCUGAGGUGCCCUCUCCUGGUUUGAAUGAUAGUCUUUCCUCCCAGGUGGAUGUAAAAGGGAAAACAGGAGCUACAGCCUUGAAGGAGAAUGUCUGUCAGGUGUGUGAGAGGACAGGGGACCUGCUGGUGUGUGAAGGCCAGUGCUACGGAGCCUUUCACCCGCAGUGUAUUGGCCUGUCAGCGGCUCCCAAGAAGAAAUUCUUCUGUCGACAAUGCACCACUGGUGUCCACUCAUGCUUUGUUUGUAACAAGCCUGGUAAUGGGGUGAAGCGAUGCAUUAUCCCUCUCUGUGGGAAGUUCUACCACACGGAGUGUAUUUUGGCCUACUCGGCCACCCAGCCACACAACAAAGGCUUCCGCUGCUCCCUGCAUGUCUGUCUGUCCUGCCACAUCACUAACCCCCUCAACCUCUGCAGCUCUAAAGGUCGAUUGGCUCGAUGCGUGCGCUGCCCUGUGGCCUACCAUGCCAAUGACAACUGCAUGGCAGCGGGCAGCUUGGUGCUGGCAAACAACAGCUUCCUCUGUCCCAACCACUUCACUCCCCGCAAGGGCUGCAAGAACCAUGAACACAUCAACGUCAGCUGGUGCUUUGUCUGCUCCGAAGGGGGCAGUCUGCUGUGCUGCGAGGCCUGCCCUGCUGCUUUCCAUCGGGAAUGUCUGAACAUGGAAAUGCCUCAGGGCAGCUGGUUUUGCAAUGACUGUAAAGCUGGAAAGAAGCCUCGCAUCAAAGAUAUUUUGUGGGUCAAAUGGGGACGUUACAGGUGGUGGCCUGCAGAAGUUUGUCUUGCAAAAGACGUCCCCAAUAACAUCUUGAGGAUGAAGCAUGAGGUGGGAGAGUUCCCAGUGCAGUUCUUUGGCUCCAAGGACUUUGUGUGGACCUACCAAGCCCGAGUCUUCCCCUACAUGGAGGGUGACACACACAAUAUAGAGAAGAUGGGCAAGGGCGCUGACGCAAUCUACAAGAAAGCUCUGAGUGAAGCAGCUGAGCGGUUCAGAGAGCUUCAAGCUGAGAAGGAGAUGAAGCAACUUCAGGAGGACAGGAAGAAUGACAAGAAACCUCCCCCAUACAGACACAUAAAGGUGAACCGACCAAUUGGGAAGGUGCAGAUCAUCACGGCAGACCUGUCGGAGAUCCCGCGCUGUAACUGCAAGGCGUCUGACGAGAACCCGUGCGGCAUAGACUCGGAGUGCAUUAAUCGCAUGCUGAUGUACGAGUGCCACCCUCAGGUGUGCGUGGCAGGGGAGCGAUGUCAGAACCAAGCCUUCACGAAGCGCCAGUACACCCCUGUGGAGAUCUUCAGGACACUGUCCCGCGGCUGGGGUUUACGCAGUGUCUGCGACAUCAAGAAGGGUGCUUUUGUGAAUGAAUAUGUGGGAGAGGUGAUCGAUGAGGAAGAAUGUCGAGCGAGGAUCCGACACGCCCAGGAGAACGACAUCUGUAACUUCUACAUGCUUACACUGGACAAGGACCGGAUUAUUGAUGCCGGGCCCAAGGGGAACCAGGCGCGCUUCAUGAACCACAGUUGCCAGCCGAACUGUGAGACCCAGAAGUGGACUGUGAACGGAGACACCAGGGUGGGGCUGUUUGCUCUGCAGGACAUCCCAGCAGGUGUGGAGCUGACUUUCAACUACAACUUGGAGUGUCUUGGUAACGGGAAGACGGUUUGUAAAUGUGGAGCGUCCAACUGCAGCGGUUUCCUGGGUGUUCGACCAAAGAACCAGCCGUCAGCGGAGAAACUGAAGCUGAAGGAAGGGAAGAAGAAGGUCUCUGUGAAGAAGAAGAGCAAGCCACAAGUGACCAAGGAGAGGGAGGAUGAGUGCUUCAGCUGUGGUGACGGAGGACAGAUCGUGUCCUGUAAGAAGCCCGGCUGCCCAAAGGUGUACCAUGCCGACUGCCUCAACCUGGCCAAGAGACCUGCAGGGCGAUGGGAAUGUCCUUGGCAUCAGUGUGACAUCUGUGGUAAAGAGGCCGCCUCCUUCUGUGAGAUGUGCCCGAGCUCCUACUGCAAGGAGCACCGUGAAGGCAUGCUCUUCAUUUCCAAGCUGGACGGCAAGCUGUCCUGCAGUGAACAUGACCCUUGUGGGCCCGAGCCGCUGGAACCAGGAGAGAUCCGUGAAUAUGUGCCCAACAUGACCUCCAUGAGGCCCGGGGCCAUGGCCUUGCCUCUCCCUCCUUCUCUGGCCCCAGACUCCAGAGCCCAUCCUGCUGCUGCCCUCUCCUCCCCCGCCGGCCUGGCCGCGCCGGCCAAACACGAACUUCCCCCUCGUCUCUACAUCAACACAAAGACCUCUACCUCGAGCUUCAUCCCCCCUGGCAGGUCCUACCUCACAGGCAGAACUGAAGGGACGGCGUUUUCCACUCUUUCCUCUUCCAAGGACGAGAAAGAGGACGGCGAGGUGGAGGACGGGGAGGUGGACGAGUUAGAAAUGGAAGAGGUGGAGGAGGACGACGAGGAAGAGGAGGAGGACGACGAUGAGGACGACGACGACGAUGAUAUGGAAGCGAUGGAGAUCGUGGAAGAUGAGGAGGACGAACAGCAGUUUGGAACUGAUGGUGAACUGAUGGGGGAGGAGGAUGACGACGACGAGGGGGGAGAUGUGUUUGACACUUGGGGGGACUAUGUGGAGGAGGACCCUGACGACGGUGAGGUGGAGGGGGAGGACAUGGAGGAGUGGGGGAGAGUGGAGGAUGAUGACAAGUGAGCUACGUCGCCUCCUUCGGACAUCAUCCAUCCAUUCCUUUGUUAACUACUCCGCAGACAGCUCUCGGUAGCCGUUUAGAGGAAAUAAAACAUAGGGAAAGACUGAGAGAGGUUGUCUUUUGGUACCUGGUUGAGUGCGACACUGCCUUCGUUUUGGUACUGCAUUGCCUUCCCAUCCCCGGGGCUGUGGGGAUGUGUACUGGUGCUAAGGCUCGAGGACUACUCCACUCAGUCUGCUAUACUUCUUUUGUUGAUAUGUUCAUUUGUGUCUGGUGCUGUCAUGUUCUUUUGUUCUUUCUCUCAAAGUUGUUUACAUUUUUUUGCCUUUUUUUUUAAUGUUUGGAAUAUAAAAAAGGAUGAGAAGUCUCACCCGACCACUGACUGUCAUCACGAGGGGCAUCCUGUCUUGUUGUCAUUGUCUUAAUCUUGUCUUUCUACAUUACUAGAGUGGUCAGAAUAAUGUUCUCACUGAUAAACAAUAUAUAGAUAUAAAUAUAUAAAUAUAUAUAUAUAUAUAGAAAAAGAGACACAGCACCACUUGCUUGAUUCUUCUUAACGAAUGCAAAAAUAAACCCAUCGGAAUCAUCCGACUUGCACAGCU